UUAUGAUUGCGUCAGUGAUGCCCCCGGGGUUUGUGGGUAAUCUAGGAAACCAUUAACUAAAGCGAAUUAACACGUCGACGGCAGAGGUUUAAAAUAAACAUUGGAAUUUUAUUACAAACUAAAUCUCGGACGUUAUUAAAGAUCAUGUGUUUAAUUCUAAAGAUUUAUAUGCGGGUCGUUCAGGGCGGAGAGAUACUAUGGUGUUGAAGUUUAUUUGUUAAAAGUGUUCACUUUAACUUCGGUUGUAGUAUUAGGAAUUUACACGUGUCGAAGGGCAAAGGUCAGUGCUGAGACAGAGGCACGGGACGAUCAGGUUCUAUACCGCAUCAACAAAAUGGCGUAAGAAAUCUCAUUUUGCGUUCGGUUUCAGUUUCGUGUUUGUUUAAAUCCCGAUGGAGCUAUAAAUCAGCCAUUUUCUCCAAUCUGGCAACCAUGGCUAUAUCUGAUACUCCUGUGGGCUGAGCAGCUUGUGGGGAGUUCUGUGGAUAAUUAUAAACACACACACACACACACACACACACCGAGAGCUGUGAGCAGACGGUCACUUCACGUCAACACCGCUCUGCUGCUCUGAGGCACAUGGAGGUGAGAAAGCCCACACCCAGAAAGCGUGUCCGCUGUGAGAGCACAGCGUCUGUGCCGCAGUUCACAAACUCACCCACUAUGAUCGUGAUGGUCGGUCUGCCUGCCAGAGGAAAAACCUACAUCUCCAAAAAGCUAACACGCUACCUCAACUGGAUCGGCGUUCCCACGAAAGUGUUCAAUGUUGGACAGUACCGCAGGGAAGCCGUUCAGUCCUACAAGAGCUUUGAGUUUUUCCGUCCAGACAACGAAGAGGCCAUGAAGAUUCGCAAAGCUUGUGCACUUGCUGCCCUAAACGACGUAGGUGCCUACUUCAGUCUGGAGCAGGGCCAAGUCGGGGUUUUUGACGCCACGAACACAACUCGUGAGAGGAGGGAGGUCAUUCUGUCGUUCGCCAAAGAGAACGGCUACAAGGUGUUUUUCGUGGAGUCCGUGUGUGAUGAUCCUGAGAUCAUCGCGGAAAAUAUCAAGCAAGUGAAGCUCAGCAGCCCCGACUACGUCGGCUGUGAUAAAGAGGAAGCCGUGAAAGAUUUUUUAAAGAGAAUCGAGUGCUAUAAGAUCACUUACGUCCCUCUGGAUGACGACAAAGACAGAAACCUGUCCUACAUAAAGAUUUUUAACGUAGGAAGCAGGUAUUUGGUGAAUCGUGUUCAGGAUCACAUCCAGAGCCGGAUCGUUUAUUACCUGAUGAAUAUCCACGUUACGCCGCGCACCAUCUACCUGUGCCGGCACGGAGAGAGCGAGCUCAACUUGCUCGGCCGCAUCGGCGGGGAUUCGGGUCUCUCACCGCGUGGAAAUAAGUUUGCGGAGGCUCUGGGUAAGUACAUCAGGAGUCAGUGUAUCUUGGACCUGAAGAUUUGGACGAGUCACAUGAAGAGGACGAUCCAGACUGCCGAGGGAGUCGGGGUUCCGUACGAACAGUGGAAAGCUCUCAAUGAGAUCGACGCAGGUGUGUGUGAGGAGAUGACGUAUGAAGAGAUUCAGGACAACUUUCCUGAAGAGUUUGCACUGAGAGACCAAGACAAAUAUCGCUACCGUUACCCAAAGGGCGAGUCGUAUGAGGAUUUGGUUCACAGACUGGAGCCCGUGAUCAUGGAGCUGGAGCGUCAGAAGAACGUUCUGGUCAUCUGUCACCAGGCCGUCAUGCGCUGUCUGCUCGCUUAUUUCCUGGACAAAAGUGCAGAGGAGCUGCCGUAUUUAAUAUGUCCUCUGCAUACAGUACUGAAGCUCACGCCUGUAGCUUACGGCUGUAAAGUCGAGUCGGUUUUCCUGAAAGUCGAUGCAGUGAACACACACCGAGACAGGCCUGUGCAGAGUGACGAAGCUGAGCGCAGUCACACUCCACCAUACCGUCACACUCGUGUUCAGCCCAUGGCUAGUCCCGCCCCGACCAAGGCCCCGUGCCUACCAGAGCUCGAACUCUCCGAGCUUAGCUUACAGAACGUCAGCGUGGACCGAGAUGACGAGGACGCUCUCCUGACGGUUCCGGAACACAUCUAAAUGCAAGAAGAAUAAACUGAGUAUUGUUAAAGCAGGAUUAAUUUCAGUGAUUCAGGGGUCAUCAGUUAGUUCUGGCCGCUUUUGAGGGCUCCAUCACAGUGAAAUACCUUUUCCUCAGUUUUAAAGAGGGCUGGAUUUACAGGGUGAGGAAACAGUUGGUCUGAUCUUCUUGAGUAGUAUUUAACAGGGUGAAAUACUGGAACUGAUUUUCUAGGAUGUCGUUCCUAGUUUUUAAAAAAAAAAAAUAUAUAUAUACUGGCUCAUAGGAGUGGGCGAUAUGAUAAAAAAUAUCAUGAUACCUGAGAUGCUCGAUAUAAUAUGUGAUAUGCAUCACGAUAUUUACGUUUGUUCACAAACUACUGGGAAAAAAACAGUGUUGCAUGUAAAAAAAAAAAAAAAAAGAAAGAAAGAAAGAAAGAAAAACUUAUUUUCUUGAUACUUUUAUUUAAAAUUUACAAAAAUAAAUCAAUAAAUUAAUUUAAUACAUUUGUUAUUCAUAUAUAUAUAUAUAUAUAUAUAUAUAUAUAUAUAUAUAUAUAUAUAUAUAUAUAUAUAUAAACAAUUUAUUAAAAUGAUUAUAAUAAUUAUAAUAAAUACUAAUAAAAAUGUAUCAUAAAAACCUAAAUGAAAUUACUUUCGAUUAUAUUUCUAGAUGUUAUUAAAAGUACAAAUAUUUUUACAAUUUAAAAAAAAAAUCAGCAAUACAUUUUAACAUGUUUAGUUUAUCUUUAGAUCAUUUUUUAAAAUAUCAAUGAUAUCAUGACAUGAUUUUUUUUUAAAGAAGUGUAUUGUGCCUUAAUUGAUCAGCGACACUGACUACAUCGCUAUAUUGUUAUGUUAUACAUUAUAUAUAAUGUGUUGUAUAAUAUUGUCUUAUAUUACCCAGCCCUACUGACUCAAAAUGACAGAAUACUUUUUCUUACCUCAACUUGUCAGUCUCUUGAAUUUGUGACGUGCCUCAGAAUGACCAGCAGAGGGAGCUAAAGCGCCGUGAUAAAGAAACCUGUGCCGAACUGAAUGGAAGUUUAAUAAACUUUCAAUGAAUUGAAUAAA